AUGCUCGCCCUCGCUCUUCUCGCGACGCCCUCAACCGCCGCCUCUCGCCCCCGUCCGCGGCGCGGGGGGGCACUCAUCGACACGCGCAACCGCACCGACUUCCACAUCAAGCUCGAGACCGACGCGCCGACGCUCGCCCUCGCGGCGUCUGCCUCGCGCAAACCCAACAAGGCCGCGGAGCUCCUGCUCCACCAAGACGCUGCCGGCGCGGUCAAGAAUGGCGACGUCUCGCUCGCCGACUCCACCGCCAACUCCGUCGGUCUCACGUGCGGCGGCGGCGGCGCCCCUGUGUGGUGCGCGGAGCCGCCGCAGCAGCCGCUCGCCGAGCUCUGCGUCUCUGAGGAUCCGAUCAAGACCUCGGGCUCCACGAGCAACGAGACGGUCUGCACGACCGCCACGGCCCACUCCAAGGGCGAGGCCGACGAGACGGACACAAAGAACAAGCCUGUCCCGGGCUCCACGACGGACGAGGCGGAUUGCACGACCGCCACGGCCCACUCCAACGUCGAGAUCGGGAUCGGUAAGACCUACCCGACUACCUCCAUGAAGCUCAACAUCGGCGCCUACGCCGAGCUCGCCCCCUUAUUUGACGAGACUUCCGGCGCGACGAAGAUCGGCGACCCCUCACUCGAGGAGAGCUUCACGACCGCCACGGCCCUCUCAGAGGUCGAUGUGGCCUCGCUGCUCUUUCUCCACUCUUGUGCGGCCGUGCUGGCGCUGCUCCUCGCGGCGUGCCUUGAGCCGCCGUUGCGUGGGCAGGUCAAGAAGAAGAGGGGCGUAUGGGGCACCCCAGCGGCACCGCCCGUCAACGUCAGCAGCCCGUGCUCGCUCACGGACGGCGGCUGGUGCGCCGCGUCGCCAAACUACCCGAACAGCUACGGCAUCAACGAGGAGUGCACCAUCAGCGGUGUGCCGCCGGUCGGGCUGGAGGUGAUCGGUUUUGAUGUGGAGGCGCACAGCAGCUGCAGCUGGGACUAUCUCACCGUCAACGGCAUAACGUACUGCGGCACCUCGGGGCCGAGUGGCGCGGUGGCGGAGGACGGCGUCAUCGAGUGGCGAUCGGAUGGCAUCGUAGUCAAGUCGGGCUGGAAGACCGAGCUCCGCAACCUGAUCGAGGACGCUACUUCAACUGCUGCCAACGUCUCCAUCUACCUGCCGCCCGGUGCAGAGUUCAAGCUGAGCAGCCAGAUCAGCUGCACCUCAUCCAUCAAAGUGACCGUCGCGAGCAGCGGCGAGGGCGCGACGCUCGACGGCCAGGGAGAGACCAGGCUCUUUUACCUCUCGGGCGGCUGCAGCCUCACCCUGCGGGGGCUGACCCUCGUCAACGCGAGGGCGGCCUUCGGUGGCGUUGUGUACGCGAACCGCGCAGGCGACGUCGAGAUCAUCGAGUCGGUCGUGAGGGACUCUGCUGGCGAUUGGGGCGGCGUCGUCUCCGCGUACGACAGCGGUGCGGUCUCGAUAACCAGCUCGGACGUGUCGGGCUGCUCGGCUGGCGAUUGGGGCGGCGUCGUCUACGCUUGGAACAGCGAGUCCCUCUCCAUCGCGGGUGUCGACUUCAUCAACAACUCGGCUUCAACAGGCUCGGUGCUGUACCUGACAAACCACGAACAAACCUCCAUCAGCAACGCCUCCUUCACCGGCAACAACGGGCUCCUUUAA